AUAAUUUAUCUGUUAAUGAGUGUAAUCAUGCUGCAUAACUAACAAUAUAGAAACACGGCUCCUUUACUUAACCGAUUGUUGCUUCCAAAUGUUACAUAAAUGCCACAAGGAGAGAUUUCCUCUGAGAGAGAGUUUCCGAGCAGCUGCUAGUGCAGAGAGAGAGAGGGAGGGAGAGUUUCUCAGAGAGGUUUCAGAGCAACUGUCAGAGUAGAGAGAGAGAGAGAGAGAGUUCCUCAUAGAUUUUGGCACCUGUGAGUGUGGGGAGAGAGGUCCCUCUUUUUUGUUGGGAGUUGUGGGGGAAAAGUAGUGAUUUUUGACCGAGGAAAGCAGAGUUUUGAGUUUUACUAAUCCAAAAGAAAGGGAAGAAGCCUCUCUAUCUCUAUCUCUCUCUCUCUUUCUGUGUGUGUGUGGAAAUCAUAUUAUAUGUAAGUUUAUCGGAAAGUGGUCACUCAGAAGUGCAAAAGCAGAGAGCUUAUCGACAGGAAAGAAACAAAAGUAUUUCUCGGAAGCAUUAAAACCCUCAAUCUCUGCUUCUUCGCGUUCUAUGUAGUCGUAUGUCACCUAGCAGCGCUCAUUUACAGUGGCCUCUCUCUCUUUCUCUCUCUCUCUCUCCACUCUCAUUCCUAAACAGAAGUGGUGUCUCUCACUCUAAACUGCAACAGAAUGUCUACUGCAGCCAUGUACAGGGACCCCAAUCAACCGAUAGAAGAGAGGGUGAAAGAUCUCAUGGCACGCAUGACUCUAACAGAGAAAGCAGCUCAGAUGGCCCAGAUCGAACGGUCAGUAGCCACUUCUGAAGCCAUCAAGCACCUAUCCAUAGGAAGCAUUCUUAGUACACCUGGACCCAGUGUCUCAGCUCAAGAAUGGGUGGAAAUGGUGGACGGUUUCCAGAGAUUCGCACUCGAAUCACGACUCUCCAUACCCAUAAUCUAUGGCACUGAUGCUGUUCAUGGCCACAACAACUGCUAUGGAGCAGCUAUCUUUCCCCAUAACAUUGGCCUUGGGGCCACAAGAGACCCAGAUUUAGCUCGGAGAAUUGGGGAAGCAACUGCAACUGAACUUCGUGCCACAGGGAUCCACUUUACAUUUGCUCCAUGUGUUGAUGUUUGCAGAGAUCCAAAAUGGGGAAGAUGCUAUGAGAGUUAUGGUGAAGACACAGAAAUAGUGAGUAGCUUGACCAGCAUAGUCUGGGGCUUGCAAGGAUCACCAGCCCCUGAUCACACUAAGGGCCACCCUUAUAUUGCUGGAAGGAAAAAUGUCAUUGCUUGCAUGAAACAUUUUGUUGGAAAUGGAGGCUCAGAAGGAGUCAAUGAGGGAAACACAGUGUUAAGCAUUGAAGAACUAAAGAGUGUUCAUAUGAAACCUUUCAUAGACUGCCUUGAUCGUGGGAUUUGCACAGUCAUGGCCUCUUAUACAUGCUGGAACUCUGUGAAGAUGCAUUCUAACCAUUUUCUCCUCACCCAAGUUCUCAAAGAGCAAUUGGGUUUCAAGGGGUUCUUGAUCUCGGACUGGGAAGGUAUAGAUGAGCUUUGUGAGCCUUAUGGCUCAGACUACCGCUUAUGCAUUAAGACAUCAAUCAAUGCUGGGAUAGACAUGGUUGGUGCGAAUUUCAGAUCUGUUUAUCUCUCUCUCUCUCUCUCUCUCUCUUUAUAUAUAUAUAUAUAUAUAUAUAUAUAUAUAUAA